AUGUCGAAGAUAUCGUCCAGGCGGUUAGAGUUGGAGGACGACGAGUGGGAUAGAGAGGACUUUUUUCCCAAGAUCCCAAAGAAGGAAACACAAAGUCUGAAGAGGAGAAGAGGCUGGGUUGAGUGCAACCUGGAUGACAGACUCUCCUCUAAUCAGAAGACUGCUGUUGAGGAGGUCACGGGACUUUUUCCCCAGAUGUCUCCGAAGUCGGUUGUAGCUGAGACACUGCGUGUCCUGGACAUUGCCGGUGAGGCCGAGAGGAGGACCCAGACAAUGAACGGUGCUCUUCGUCGGCAAAUAAAGAUAGGUGUUAAUGUUGCGAAAAUUGCGGUGCAGCGUCUGGUGUCUGAUAUCGCUAAGGGGCCAUCGGAUGAGAUAAAGGCUAAUAAUCUUGCCCUAGAGAUAGAAGUUGUGAAACUCCGUCGCGAGAUGGAUAUAUUGCGUCGCGAGAGGGUCUCCUUGAGUGAUCAAGUAGAAUCUCUCAAGCGUACGGUGCAAUCGUUGAGAGGCGGGGAUCGCGGCAGGGAUCGUACUCCAUCCUCGGACAGGGCCGUUUCUGUGCGCGACUCUCCUAUUUCGCGCCGCUCUUGGAAGCGCUCUUCGCGGCUUCGGGAACUGGAUGUGGUCGAGGCGAUGUGUGAGGCUGGGCCUUCAAACAUGCCUCCGAUAUAUAGGCUGUCUCUUGGUGGGGCUCGCAAAAAGUUAGAGGAUGUGCCUCCUCGACCCAUCAAAGUGACAGAUCAGGACGUAUCAUUAUGGCGCUCAGCGAGUGGGGCUUCCGUCGCCUUUGCCGACGUAUCCCAUCGGGGUGAGGCAUGGACGGUGGCAGGCUCCAAACGUGCUCGUAAAAAAGCCAGAAAGAAGAAAAGGAAGAAAGUUGAGGUUCCCAGCGCGAAAGCCGGAAAUAUAACUGACUUGGGUGUUAUGCCUCCCUCCUUGAAUGGGGUUGGUAGUACGCGUCGGGAUAUUACCAGCAGUGAUGUAUCUAAGACUGCCCGUGUCUCGUAUGCCGCUGUCGCGGGUGGCAUAUCUGGGAGCCGAAAGGAUGCGGAAGCCCUACGGUACGGGCACAAGCUUCUCAUUGAGAUCCCUGGAGGUGAGGAGGCGGGUGCUAAGGCGGAGGCGCUCGUGGAUCGUCUCAAGGCUGUGCUAGCUGAAAGCGACUUUAAGGACAGAGUUAGUGUUGUGCGUCCUGUUCGUCGCGCGGAAAUCAGGCUGAUUAAUGUUGAUCAGUCUGUAACUGCAGAGGAAGUGAUCAAGGCGGUGGCUACUAUUGGGGAAGUUCCUACUACAGACAUUAGAAUUGGCCCCUUUAGGCCAGGGCGUGUGGGACUUAACAUGAUAUGGGUGCAAUGUCCUCUCACGUGUGCGAAUAAAUUAAUAAAAGUCGGACGGAUUAGACUCGAUUGGUCCUCCGCUAGUAUUGUGCCUUUAGCGAAGCGGAGACUACAAUGUUUCCGUUGUUUGACGGUGGGUCACACCAGGAUGAACUGCCAGAGUAUGGUGGAUCGUUCUGCAUGGUGCUUCCAUUGUGGCGGGAACGAUGGGCAUAGGGCCGCUAGUUGCCGGCUGCCUCCGCAUUGCCCAGUGUACGGCUAG